AUCACAAUACUCUCAAUUUUAUAUCCUCCAAUAUAUAUAUAUAUAUAUAUAUAUCACACACACACUUCCACCCACCGCACACAUAUAUGUCAUAAAAGAAGUGUUUUUGAAUGCAAUCAAUUACAACUAUGCAAAAUCUUAGAAUGGCAGUCAAGUUAUUUGAAGCUUAGAAGUUCAUGCAUCAAGUUCCCAACCCUAGACUACAGAUACACAUAAAUACAAUCCCUAUUCUCCAUAGCCUAACACCAGCCAAAAAAAACAAUAAAUAAAAAUAAUAAUAAAAAAGAAACUCAAUCCAUAAACUGGGUCAAGUUUCUCAUAUCAAUAUGGCUCAUACUGAAAAUUACAACUACAACUUCCCAGUUUUUCCUCUACCCCCACCCCACAUUAAUCCUCCAUCCCCACCAAAAGUGACACCUUCUCAUAAUCAUCCAUCCCCUCCAAAAGUAGCUCCACCCCAUAACCCCAUCAAGCCACCACCAACACCACCAUUUCCAUCCCCUCCAAAAGUGGCCCCACCCCAUAAUUUUCCAUCCCCUCCAAAAGUUGCACCACCCCACAGCCCCAUCAAACCGCCAACACCACCAUUUCCAUCCCCUCCAAAAGUGGCCCCACCCCAUAUUAUUCCAUCCCCUCCAAAGGUCGCACCACCCCACAGCCCCAUCAAACCACCAGCACCUUCAUCUCCAUCCCCUCCAAAAGCGGCCCCACCUCAUAAUCUUCCAUCUCCUCCAAAAAUUGCACCACCUCAUUACUCGCCACCUCCUCCAAAAGGAGCUCCACCCCACAGCCCAAUUAAACCACCAGCACCAGCAUUUCCAACACCACCGCCUCAAGCAGCAGAGCCACCUCAUCACCCAAUCCCACCACCAUUGCCCAUUGUGUCACCACCACCACCUCAUCCUCUGUCUCCACCAUCUCCACCUCAUUUUAGCCCACCGCCACCACCAGCACCAUCACCCGGACACCAUUCAACUGUAAUAGUUGUUGUCUUUGUCUCACUUGGUGGUCUAUUCUUUCUUGCAUUCCUGUCGGUUGCUUUAUGCUGUUUCAUUAAAAAGAAGAAAAGAAAGGCCCAGAAAACUGAGUUCAUAAACAUAGAUGAACACAUGAAAAUCCAGGAAUCUACCACACCAGGUCCACAUGGAAAACAAGUAAAGAUACUGUCCAUUGAAGAAGAUGUGCAUAUUAAUGAAGAAAUCAAGAAAACUGCAAAGCUGAGUGAAGGUUCACAUAAAUCUGCACACCAUCAUCCACAAGCUAUUGAAGCGGCAGCAACUUCUUCUGGUUCCAGUCGUCACCAUCUUGAGCACAAGGCCUCAUGA